AUGGGCUCAGACCAAGAGCCUGACGGCCUCAUGCGGAGAGGGCGGGCGAGCGCAGGCGAGGGCAGGGCUGGCGAGGGCGGAAGAGGGAUGGAGACGGAGACGGACGGAGAGAGACGCACAGACAAUGAGGCAUACAGGUCGCUGCCGUCGCUGGUCUCCGUGCAGGCUCUGACCUUCGACGGGCCUUCGAAGUUCCUAGCGGUGUCUGGCCAGGAUAUCCAGAACCGGCAGAGCUUGCUAGUCUGGGACAUGAGUCGCGCCGACGGCGGUGCCCUGACACCGGUGGCCAAGCAGACGGGGCCCGACGUGGCCUGCCUUCGGUUCUCCCCUUUCGAGAAGCUGACGCUGAUCAGCUGUGGCAUGGAGAACGUCCGCGUCUGGCGGAUCAAGGAUAGCCACCUCAGCGGCUGCAUGGUCCCGCUGGGAGCUCUGGCGCGCCAAAUGCAUUUCACAGCAUUGGCUUUCGAGUGCCGCCGCGCAGGUCACAGCUUCUGCCUGCCCUCCGAAGCAGCAGAACAGGUCCGACUCUGGGUGGGAACCGCAGAUGGCCGCGUGAUUGAGCUGGGCCACAAGAGUCGGAAGGUCUUGGCAGUGCAUCAGCUGCACACUCAGGCGAUCACGGGGCUCUGUGCCAACGAGUCCUUCGUGGUGACUGCUUCUGCCGACCGACACGUGCGGGUGUGGCCUUUGGACUUUCGCUCCUUCUACCUCCAUGCCCUCCAUGAGACCGCCGUGACCGGCAUCGACAUCAGCCUCGACGGGCGGCAGGCGCUCAGGGCCGUUCUGGUCGUUUGUUCGAAUCGGGCCGUGCUGGACGUGCCUUGCGGCCUUGCAUGA